AUGCAUCUUGUAGACAGAGUAUGCGUUGGAGUUGUGGGUCUAACACUUGUUAUUAUUUCUGCAUUGGUUGCGACUAUGGGGAAAAUCUCGCCUACUGAACAGUACGUGUCUCCCAGUUCUGUUGUGGCUUUCCUUGGAACUUCUCAAAAGUUAUAUUGUUUAUUUAGCGGCAGGCCUCUUCCGGAACCUAACUGGUUACAUAACGGAACGCAGAUUAGUAAAGAUGAUCCAAAUUUUGACUUUGAGAAUUAUGGCAAAACAAUUACGUUUAACGUCACUAUGGAGUCAGCAGGAAGAUAUGACUGCAGGUUUAACCAGCAUCUUGAUAUUGAUAGGACGUUUGAUGUUACUGUGCAAGCUAAACCAUAUUGGGAGACGGGCCCACCUCUUUCAGUGAAUACCAGUGAGGAAGAAACGGUAACUUUUGUGUGUGGAGCAAAGGGAAUACCACCACCAAAAAUUGAAUUUCUGAAGAAUGGAGUUUUGAUCCCGAACAAUACCGAUCGGAUUGUGAUAGAAGGUAAUAAGUUGAGAAUAUUUGGCGUCAAGAAAAGCACCGUUACUGGUAACCAUGGAGAUAAUGCUGUUUAUCAAUGUCGUGCAACAAAUGAGCAUGGACUCCUCUGGGCCAAUUUCCCUCUAAGGAUAUACUCACAAGCACCUGAACUAGAGUCUGAUUCUGGAACAGUAAGCGUGGUGAAGGGUAAGAACGCUCGGUUGAGCUGCAGGUUUGCUGCCUCUCCAAAACCAAAUAUCACUUGGGAGAGUCCUAGGUUAGAGGUGGUUGAGUCGGAACAAAGAAUAUCAGAGGAGUCCCCAAAUGUAGGGAUCUUGGAGAUUCGAAAUGUCGGAGACGCGGCGGCUGGAGAUUAUGACUGUAUAGCAGUGAACAAGUAUGGGAGGAAUUCGUCAAGAGUAACUCUUGUUGUUCGAGAAGCCACUAGACUCGCACCAUUUUCUAAAGAGAUGGAAAAGGUGAUGGCUGGAAAGGACCUAAAAUUACCUUGCAAAGCUAACCAUGAUCCUCAUCUUGAAGUGAAAUAUGAGUGGCUGGUGAAUAAUGAGACUUUGCCUGAGCAAGAUCUUGCUUCUGGACAUUAUCGGAUUGAUGGCGAUCACACACUACAUAUCAUUGGCGUGUCGCGUAAUGAUGCUGCUAGCUACACUUGUGUGGCGAUGACAGACUUGGAUGCUGUUCGUGGUUCACUUAGGGUUGACGUUGAUGAUGUCCCGAAACCGAUGCACCAAGUUUCUGCAAAGUGUGAAGAUGGAAGUUUGGCCACAGUCGCCUUCAUUUACUAUGAGGAGCUGAAAACGGAUUCUCCGAUAACAGAAAUUUGGGCACAGUAUCGCAUUGAUAGCGAAAGUGAUGAUGUUGCUGCAUGGCAAACGUAUCCAACACCAAUGCUAGUUGAAGACCACUAUAAGAUUGAAGAUGAGAGUAAGCAGAUUAGGGGUGAAAUGAAGAUUAGCUUGAAACCAUUUGGAAAGUAUCAGUUUCGUGUCUUUGGUCGUAAUAAUAUUGGUGAUGGCAAGCCAAUAAUGGCAAAGGAUACCUGCGAGACUGCUCCCAAGAGACCUGAUAAAAAUCCUGAUGAAGUUCUUGUAAAAGGUGUUCGUCCAGACCGUCUUUUAGUUUCUUGGAAACCAAUGCAGCGAGAAGAUUGGAACGGGAAGAAUUUCCACUACUUGGUUAAACAUCGAAAGCCGAAUAGCGAAAAGUGGAACGAAACAGAGGUUCAAAAUCCAUUUGCUGAUCAUGCUUUUGUGGACGUACCGGGGAAGGCAGAUGAACCUUAUGAAGUGCAGGUAGCAGCUGUAAAUGAGUUAGGCAGUUCUCAAAUAUCUCCUAAAACUGUGGAAGCUCAUUCUGGGGAAGGUGGUCCAAAUUACACUCCUACUGGUUUCAAAGUGAAGAAAGUUGGUUCUACGUCCGUCACUUUUGCUUGGGAUCCUGUACUUCCGUCUUCAGUUCAUGGCAAUCUAGCUGGCAUCAAAGUUACUUAUAAGCCACUUCAAGACGAGGCAGAGACUGAUGGAGAGGUUGAAGCGAACGAAGUAGCGCAAUCGCAAACGAGGAACACACGCCAUUUGAAGGCGUCGCGUCGGAAACGUGCUGCCAUAUAUGAGGAGGAUUACGACGAUGCUCCGCGGACUGUUAUCGUCGGUCCAGAAAAAGUUGAGUAUACAGUUGAGGGCUUUCGACCGGGGACAUUAUACGAAGCUAAGAUUUCUGUUUUUAAUAAUCAGAUGGAUGGGGUUCCGUCGGAAGCUAUAACCUUUAGGACAGAAGAAGGAGUUCCUACACAAGUCCGGGAUCUUGAAGCAUUUCCAACGAACAGUCGUAAAGCUGAUGAAAGGGGUGUUGUUAUUGUACGGUGGGGUGAGCCAAGGCGUGCACACGGGAAGAUUCUGAAGUAUUUGGUUGAAGCCUGUCGGGUUGAGGGUGACAACGGGAUAAGGCGUGAUAAGUGUUUAACAACGGAAAGGGAGCCGAGCAAGUUUUCAGCAAGGCUAACAGACUUGGAAUACGAGUUGUUGUAUCGAAUCAUUGUAUCUGGUGUAACGGCAAUUGGAAGAGGUGACCCUAACUCAUAUGACGUGAAAACGUUGCCUAAAGACUUUGGCGAGCAAUUGCAUCCUGUUGUUGCAUCGUUUGGUGCUGAAGCAGGGAAAAGUUAUGUGGACGUUGUAGUAACGCCGGGCAAAUUUGAAGACCAGGAGAAGCGUCCAGUGGGGGAUCGGUUUUACGUUGAGCAUGCGAAAGAAGGAGCAAAUGAUUAUCAGCGUACUGAAGUUUCAGGUGAGGACUUGAGAGGUCGAAUAGAAGAAUUGGAACCUGGAACAACGUAUGAAGUUCGUACAGUCUCACAAUAUAGUGAUGAAAGUGGCAACAUUGUUGAAACAACGUCGCCGAGCACUAAGGUGCGUACAGCUGGUGCAGCUCCAUAUAGUGCUAAAAUUUGGUUGCUUUUGUUAAUAAUACUCGUCAUCUUACUCGUCUUCUGCAUCUUAUGCAUUAUAUGUAUUGCUGCGAGGCGGAGAGGAGCUAAAUAUCCUGUGUCGGAGAAGGAAAGACAGCAAGGGCGAAUACCUAUACUUCCUGGUGAAAAGGAGCGUGGGUUUGGAGAGUAUAUGAAGCCAGAAGAUGAUGAGAAGCGUUCAUUAACAGGAGGCAGUAAAGCAGAGUCAGAGACAGAUUCUAUGGCUGAGUACGGAGAUGCAGAUCCAGGUCGUUUUACAGAGGACGGCUCGUUUAUCGGACAAUACGUGCCGAAUAAAACUUUGGUCAGUACUUCUACUACUGGUAAAGCGGAUCGGGAGUCAGCUUCAACAUUUGUUUAA